AUGCUGACCGAAUUUACAUCCUUCUUUGAUAAUCUCGAAGUUGUUCAUAAACUCAAACAUAUUUGGUCUAAGUUUUAACAAACUACUUAUGAAGUAAAUAAUUUUGUAUGCAUCAUAGAAUGAUUAAAUAAUCUACAAGUCGGUGUGUCAUAAAAUAAGUAGAAAAAAGAAGAAGGCCAAACCCAUCUUAAUCUAAUUAGGAUAGGAAUGGUUAUAUCUUUUUAAAGAUUAAAAUCCACAUGGAAUGCUUUAAUUAACUGUGGUUAUAAUGAGCAUUUUUAAAAGUGAUUUUGGAAUGGCUAUUAGAUUAUUAAGAAAUGGAUAAUAUUUUGAUAUAAUAUCAUCUGAUGCAAAUAUAUUAAAGUAAUUAUUGUAGUAUAAGUGUUUAUAAACUACAUUUCAUGAUGAAUUCAGUGUUUCUAAAAUGAUAGGAAAAGGAAGUUUUGCUAAAGUUUAUCUUGCAGCUAAAAAAUCAUCAGGAGUCUAGUAUGCAAUUAAGGCAUUCAAUAAAGAAUAUAUGUUAGAACAAUAUAAAGGCAAAGAAAGCUUAGAGAAUGAAAUUAGAGUAAUGAGAAGAUUAAAUUAAGAAAAUCUUGUUCAUUUACAUGAAGCAUAUGAAACAUAAAAUUCAAUAUAUUUUGUUAUGGAUCUUUUAUAAGGAGGUGAAUUAUUAACAAGAGCUAAAGUUUAUCCAUAUUCUACGGAGGCUUUAUAACAAAUAAUGUAUAAUUUUAUCAAAGCACUUGUGCAUAUUCACAGCAAGAAGUGUAUUCAUAGAGAUUUAAAACCAGAAAAUUUACUUUUAAAAACUAAAGAAUCAUCAACUGAUGUUGUUAUUGCUGAUUUUGGAUUAGCAACCUUUUUAAAUGAAUAGAUUUUAAUUAAAAGAUGUGGUACACCUGGAUUUGUUGCACCUGAGAUUUUAACAUAUAAGGAAGAAGAUCCUUUUUAUGAUGAAAAAUGUGAUAUAUUUAGUGCUGGAGUUAUAUUUUAUAUUCUUCUUACAGGAAGGUAACCUUUUUAAGGUUCUGAUUAUAAAGCUAUCCUAAAAUCUAAUAAAAAUUGUGAAAUUAAUUUCAAUCUUAAAGAAAUAUUGUCAGUAUUUUCUAUAUAUGUAAUCUUAGUCAUCAUAAAAAUUAUAAGAUUUGUUGGGAAUAAUGCUUAAUUAAAAUCCUAAAGAUAGACCAAGUGCUGAAGCUUGUUUAUAACAUCCUUAUUUUUAAGAAAUUUUUAAUAAAAAAGAUUUAAUUGAUGUUUAGGAAAAUUUAAUCUAAUAUGAACUUGAAAAUUAAUAAAGAAUAGGAAAGAAAGAGAAUUUUGAUAGUUAAGUUGGUUCUAUGGAAUUAAUAACUAGAUCUCCUGUUUAUAAUGGUCGUAUUGAUACGUUUGAUUCAUUUUCAAAUGGAUCAAUUCCAGGAUCACCAAUUCGUUAAGAAAAACCAUUAUAAUAAUUUUCUAAAUUUAGUCAAUUUUGUUUAAAUAUGAAGAAUGUACAACAUGAUUCCAAUAGCAGUCCUCAAGCCUCUCCUUUAAAUAAAAAAAAUGAUUAAUAAGAUCUUCAUAAAUUUGCACUAAAAAACUCUUUUUAGAAAAAGCAAUUGAGUGUGGAUGAUGAUUAUGUAAAUGAAGAAUCAGUCCACAUAGAAGAUGUCAUAUAAAAAUUAAAUUCUUAAACACCAAAAAUUGGUCUUUUCAAAAAAAGUGCUUCCUAUAAGGAACCAAAAACAAUGUAGGAAUGAUAUUUAUCAAUUUAUAAAUUGCC